UGGUAGUGAAAGAGUGUGAGAAGCCCAAGCCAAGCCCCUAAAAUCUGGUAAAAACAGAAACAGAAGCCAAUCCUUUUUGUGUGUGGAGCGAAGCAAGAGUAAUGGUCUCAAUACUUCCAUUUCCUUCCAAUUCAACCACGGACUCAUGUUCCACCUCUUCUCCUUGCAGGCUCAGAUUCAGUUUUUCUUCUUUUAACUUCAAGCCCUCAAACCCAAUUCCUUCAAGAUUCUUGAAACAAAAACCUUUGAGAUUUCCGUCUUUGAAUAUACUUGCUUCAUCUUCAUUGAUUGAAGAUGGCUCUGCGCAGGAGUUUUUAGACAAUAAUUCAAUUGCCGAUUUUAUGAGAUUCAAAAGAGGGAGCCGGAAAGGUAGCGCUCAGUUGCAGACUGCUGUCGUUUCUUAUAAAAAGAAGUUCCCUUGGUCUCUUCUUCCGCCUUUUCUUCAGGUUGAUUUAGUUUCAACAAUUCACAUCGCGGAUAAAGAGUAUUUUGAAACUCUCCAGAAGGAACUUGAGGACUAUGAUUGUAUCCUUUAUGAAAUGGUGGCUAGCAGGGAGAGCUUAGAAAACAGAAGAAACCCUGCUGAUACAAAGAAGCUCAGAAGUUCGCGCUCACGGGGUUUCAACAUUUUAGGAUGCAUUCAAAGGCAAAUGGCUCGAAUUCUCAUGCUUGAUUUUCAAUUAGACUGUCUUGAUUACCAAGCUGAGAAUUGGUACCAUGCAGAUCUUGAUUACGAGACUUUCAAGUUACUUCAGCUUGAAAAAGGUGAAAGCUUCUUCACAUUUGCAAGGGAUAUGACUCUCAAAUCAACUAAAGCUAUGGUGCAGCCUUCGAUUCCAGAAGACCUUGGUCCUUGGAGAUCCAAGCUUCUAUGGGCUUCACGUGUGCUUCCUAUGCCCCUUGUUGGCCUACUCAUCAUUGGAAGUGUCUGCACGGAUGUGGGAAGUCAGCCAUCAGAAUAUCCAGAGCUGGAAGCAUUAUCUAGGCUUGACUUUGGUGCAGCUAUGAAGGUUUUCCUGGCAAAGCGACUUACGUCUGAGUUCACUCAAGUGACAGCAGAGGUAGAGGAGAGUUCAGUUAUUAUUGGUGAGAGAAAUAGGGCUGCCAUUGAAGCACUUAGAAGAGCAAUUGAUGAGGGCCACAGUAAGAUUGCCAUACUGUAUGGUGGUGGCCACAUGCCAGACUUGUCGAGGCGGCUAAGGGAGGAGUUUGACUUGUUUCCUUCCCAGGUUCAAUGGAUAACAGCUUGGUCCAUCAGAAACCGAGACUUGAAUAGCAGUUCUCUCCCAUUUCUGAAGACAAUGGCCGAAGUUUUAGGUUGGCCAUUGAAUCGCUACCAAACUUUAGCACUGCUCAUUUUUUCAUCAGUCCUUGCGUUGGAUCUCUGGUUUUGGGAACUGUUUUUUGGCACUACAGUUGACUGGAUCUCCCAAAUUGCAUCCGAAGUUUAUCAAUAUGUUGAUAGUGCACUAAUGAUGUGAAAUUUUACAUCGACUUUAUUUGUAUAUUUAUAAUCAUUAAGGCAAUAUGAGUAUGCCUCUGUACAUAUUUUAACCAUCCGUAAUUUAAGGUACAGUUCAUUAUUUUUCAGGCCAAAGUUAUGAAAAG